CAAACAUAAAACGCAAAAGAAGACAGUCGGAAAUAUCAACCGAGUGAUUGCGAAGUACAGUGCGUUAUAUCUCCACUUUGCAAACAUGGUGGACUGCUAAUUUAAAGUAGAAACAGUCAUAUAAUAUCGUGAAAGAGCAAGCUGCGAAUAUGACAAAUGUGUACUCUUUCGAUGGCAUCCUGGUAUUCGGACUGCUGUUUGUCUGCACCUGUGCAUACCUCAAAAAGGUGCCUCGCCUCAACAGCUGGCUCUUGUCUGAGAAGAAAGGAGUGUGGGGCGUCUUCUACAAAGCUGCAGUAAUUGGGACACGGCUUCACAUUGCUGUGGCGCUUUCCUGUUUGGCCAUGGCUUUCUAUGUUAUCUUCUUGAAAUGAUAAGAGUCAGACUGAACUGGAAAAGACUGGAGGGGCGCAGGCUGGGGAUGGACUCGUCUCUGUGGUUAUGUGCUAAUCCUUGUGGAGGGAUGCCGCUUGGAUUACACGUCUGAGGAAACCCCAUUGGCCUUGUGGACCUAUGUGAAAUACUAGGCUAGUGCUGCCCCCUUCUGGUGACUGGGCACAGCAACUACCCCCUAAUGAUGUGUGUGCACUACAGACCUGAAGGGCAUCCUGAAUCCUCUCCACAGUUAUUACAGAGGAGAGAGGCUGUUGGCUCACUUGGUAUCAUUCUGUUGGGUAAUACUGUUGGUUGUCUUUGUCCACACCCCAUGAAUCUUUUUAUUGAAGGAUGCAGAAGAUCGAAAGGCGGUGCGUGCAUCAAACAUUGUGUGUAUACCACCUAAAAUUAGCUUAGCUGUAUAUAUAUUUAGAAAAAGAUAUGACCAAUAGAGAUUUUUCAGAGGUUAUGAGAGAUCAAACUGAUGAUUAAUUCUGCUUGCUCCCAACUAUGCUGUUGUUUCUGUAUCACUUGUUCGGUCAAGGGUGGAGGGAAGAUAAACAAAUCUAAUAUAUGAAGAUGUUCUUGUGUACAUUUGUAUUUUAUGUUUUUUUUUUGUUUUUUUUUUUUUGCACCUCUCAUCUUUUCUUAACAGUGCUUUUUGCAUUAAACUUUGGUUUAGAUUUUAAAUACACAUUUUGCACAGAUGAAGAAUUUUCUUUGACCUCUGAUACUACAUAACAUGGUUUAAAUGUCAAAACUUAUUUCAAAUUGAACUGUAAGACACACUAUCUCAGUUAUAAAAGAAAUAAUUACUCAACAUAUUGUGAAAAUUAUAUAUCAGACUUGCCUGAAGAUUUAAAUGCAAUGCCAAAUAGAGAUGGUGCUUUUCAUGCCAUCUUAAUAAUACUACUGUUAAUCUGACUUUAAUGCUGCCACAUUAUUUUUUUGUUUUUUAAAAGAAGAAGUUGUUUUGGAAGGGGGUGCAUUGGAAUUUUGAGUAAAACAGUCAAACAA